AACAACUGCAACAAUUCCUGGAACCAUGGCUGAGUAAGACUACUCAACAGGAGGUAAAGGUGGAAAGGAUUUUCUCCAGUUAGUUAAUUCUUUUCUAGGUUAAGUGGUGGACCUUCCAUUGGUGAGCUCUUCUCAUCAUGAGUGGAUCCUUUGAUAAGAAGAUUAGCAGCAUUUUAACUGACAUUUCCAGCUCAAUCAGCUGCCAUGCAGGCACCAAAGACUCCCCUACUCUUCCUGAAUCGUCUAUCACGGACCUGGGAUACUACAGCACCCCACAUACUCAACAUGAAUAUUACCCCACCCAGCCUUAUACUCAACCUAUGAAUCACUAUGCAUACCACCCCCAAUUUAACUUCAAUGGGAUGGGGGCAACGGGGACAUACUCCCCCAAAUCUGACUAUCCUUACAGCACUUCAUAUAGACAAUAUGGACCUUUCCGGGAUUCGCAGUUGCCCAGUCAAGAAACAGUUUCAGUGAAGGAAGAACCCGAACCUGAAGUGCGGAUGGUCAAUGGAAAACCCAAAAAAAUCCGAAAGCCCCGCACAAUUUACUCUAGUUACCAGCUGGCUGCUUUGCAAAGGCGAUUCCAAAAGGCGCAGUACCUGGCGUUGCCAGAGAGGGCAGAGUUGGCUGCACAACUUGGACUGACCCAGACUCAGGUGAAAAUUUGGUUCCAGAAUCGAAGAUCUAAAUUUAAGAAAUUGUACAAAAAUGGAGAGGUCCCCUUGGAACACAGCCCAAAUAACAGUGACUCCAUGGCUUGCAAUUCUCCACCAUCUCCUCCCCUCUGGGACAGUAACACUCAUAAUAACCCAGCCAGCAGGAGCCAAAUCCCCCAGCCACUCUCUUAUAACUCUCCCCCAAGCUACCUGGAAGAUCACAAUUCUUGGUUCCAUCAUCAGAAUCUGAACGGGCCUCACAUACAACAACAGGGACCUCCGCCCACUUCUGGCUCUAUGCAUCACCCAUCUCCAGGGCCUCCUCCCAAUCCUGGAGCGGUUUAUUAACCUCCUUUCCCUCCUCAAUGAAACAGGUGGAGCAGGAAAAAAGGAAUGAGGGAGAGGGAGACAGAGAGGGAGAAGCAAACAGAAGGCAACAAGUUAAAACUCUUUGAUAUGUUUCACAGGGCACGCACACAUUCCAUCUCAUCUCAGGAACAAGUGAACUGCAGCAGGGCUAAGACAUUAGGGGAGACCAUGGAGUGGGGGGGUAAAGAAAUGUGAAAGGGAGAGAAACAUCUUGCAGCCCGUGUUGUAUCUCAAUCAAAUCGGUUUCAUCAAAGACUCUGUUACCCACUUCCUGGAUGAUUUAUCUCUGGGCUAAUUGUUCCCAAUCUCCACCAUCAGCUUUGUUUACAAGACAUGGUUGGAUGGCUCUCAGCAUGGUUAGAGAAGAGCAAAGAGCUGCAUGGCAAAGGAGAAAAAAAUCCUUCUUUUCUUUUGGUUUUAUUUUGUUUUAUUUGUUGAUGACCUCCCCAAGCAGAGUGGUUUUGAGAGGUAUCAACUUCAUGUGUCUUUUGAAAGAUUGGUAUGCCUGCAAAUACCAAUCAAUUAUUGAUGCUUAUGACAGGAAUAGGCUUGAGUUAUUAGUUACCCAUGCAGUUGGGAAUGGGAACAAUGUAAGAUAUCCAACUCUUUCUCAUUUUUACACACCACCUUGGAAAUACUGUCCUACUAGAAAUUAUAGCAACGUUCUACAUAAUGAAAGGGAAAGGUAGAUGUCAACAACUAUUAAUGUGAUAGAUUUUGUAAUCACUUUAGGAUUAAAGUCACUUCAUAGUCAGGUAGAUGUUAUACAAAACUGGUCAGUAUGUAGUGUUAAUUUACAGUAGUGCUACUGGCUAGCACAGAAAAAGGGUGAAGGAACCCAGAAAAAAAGCUAUAUUGGCCUUACCAAUGUUUAUUUUGGAUUUAUACUGAAUGCACUCUAUGGGAUUUAUUGCAGAUUAAAAAGAAAAAGAAAAAAAACCUUUGUACUGUUUUUUCAUCUGGUGAUGGAAAAGAAAAAAGUGAUCUCAGUUAUAUACUAGCCCUAGUUAAUAGUCUUGUCUUGAGUGUUUGGGCAGAUACUUCAUACCAUAAAAACAAAGGAAGAAUUCUAAUACACAAGAGAACACAAAAAAAAUCUGAUCUCCUUUAUAAUUCUCAACACAUACUGUUAAACCAACGGGUUUUUUUGACGAUUGUUCUUUUUUAAUAAACUCUAGUAGCCUGAUUUACUUAACAUUAAAUCACAAUUCAUGGUUAACAAACCAGAAUUCCUGGCUUCAUUCAACAUGCU